AUGAUCGCUAGAGCUCGUCCGAAGGAGACAGCACUGUUUCUUUGCGAUAUUCAAGAGAAAUUUCGCAGCGCUAUCCACUGCUUCAGCGAUGUCAUUGCAACCAGCUCCAAGCUCGUCCGAGCAGCAGAAGCACUCGACCUGCCCGUUCUCGCGACUGAGCAGUACCCAGAUCGGUUGGGCAAGACAGUGAGCGAGCUCAAGAUACCGAAAGCGCAAGAUGUACUCGGCGAAGCGCUCGCAAAGACUCGCUUCUCCAUGUUCAUACCACCCGUCAAGGCUGCACUGGAGAAGAGCGCAAUCAAGAGCGUGAUCAUCUGUGGCAUCGAAAGCCACAUUUGCGUGCAACAGACCACGCUCGACUUGCUUGACAAUGGCUACAAUGUCUUUGUCGUCGCAGACGGUGUGUCGAGUUGCAAUGCGCAGGAAGUACCCAUAGCACUCGCGAGAAUGCGACAAGCCGGUGCGACAGUCACGACGAGCGAGAGCCUCCUCUUCGAGUUGCUCGGCGACGCAAAGGCGCCCGCUUUCAAAACCGUCUCUGGACUGAUCAAAGACACGAAAGAGCAGACCGCGGCGAGUCUGAGCAGAUUGAUACCGCGGCUAUCUGGACCACCGACGAGCUUGCGCAUCGUCAGCAGACGCUCAUUCGCUUCGAGCUCGUAUGCUCGAACGAAAGUUCAGCCAGCACGAGUUCUAGACAGUGCCAGCGAUGGAGGCCCACGGCAGCAUUGGCAGAGUAGUACCAUCCUCGCCUGUGGCUGCGCGCUCGCAGGCUUCACAGUCAUGCUCAUCUAUGGUACUCGCUUGGAAGUAAUCAAGUUUGAUGCGACUCGUGAAGCUGCCAGGCGAGCCAGGGCUAGCUCUACCAUCCAGUGUGACUCUGUCCCUCGCAGAGCAGUCUCGAGAUCUAUCAUAGACGAUGACACGGCGCCCAUGCGAGCACGCAUGACGGCUUGGGUGAAAGAUCUCCAGUUACGCAUCGUCGAAUCGCUCGAGCAAGUGGAGCAUACUCAGGCACACGAGCUAGGCAAGCUCGACGACCGUAUAGACUCGCCGCCACCCAAGAAGUUCUUCCGUGAUGCAUGGCUGCGCAAGGAAGGCGGGGAAGGCAUCUCUUGCGUCCUACAAGACGGUCAGGUCUUUGAGAAAGCCGGCGUCAAUGUCAGCGUCGUACAUGGCACGCUACCGCCUGCCGCAGUCAAGCAAAUGCGCUCUGAUCACGCGGACAAAUUUGACUGGUAUGACGGCGCGUCGCUCCUGCCUUUCUUCGCUUGCGGCAUCUCCAUCGUUGUCCAUCCGCGCAAUCCGAUGGCACCUACAGUCCACAUGAACUAUCGCUACUUCGAAGUGGAAGAUCCCGCCAAUGCAGGCGCACCACGUGCUUGGUGGUUCGGCGGCGGAACGGAUCUCACCCCAACCUACCUCUUCGAAGAUGACGCGCGACACUUUCACAAAACGCUCAAGAAGGCCUGCGAUGCACACUCGCCAGGCUUCUACCCAACUUUCAAGGCCUGGUGCGACAAGUACUUCUGGAUCAAGCACCGUCAAGAAGCUCGCGGACUAGGCGGGAUAUUCUUUGACGACUUAGGCCUCGAGGACGGCAUCACCCAGAGUGAUAGAUUCGCGUUUGCUCGGACUUGCGGCGAAGCUUUCCUACCUGCUUACAUACCCAUCAUCAACGCGCGCAUGCGGACAGAUUUUGGACAACGAGAGAGGCGGUGGCAGCAACUACGUCGGAGUCGCUACGUCGAAUACAACCUCGUGUACGAUCGAGGCACCCGUUUCGGCCUCAACACGCCCGGCGCGAGAAUCGAGAGCAUCCUCAUGAGCUUGCCCUUGACUGCCAGGUGGGAAUACUGCACAGACGCGGCGGAGGAUCCGGCAUCACCGGAAGCUCAGCUGCAACGAGUCCUCAACUCGCCAAGAGAGUGGGUCUGA